AUGGCAUUUUUGAAGGUCCCAGUGCCAGAACGAGACGGUUGUGUAUUUGUAGAUUCAGUUUUCCCUGUUCUACUGGGCAAAUUUGAUCUCCGACGAUACUUUGUAGCACCACAGAAAGAUACACUAUUAACAAAUCUUCAGAAGAAGUUAAGCAAUGUCAAAACGCACGAUCUACGUAUACUUUCAGUGGACCCACACCUGAAAGACGGUGGUGUAUUUGUUAAAUUCAAGUACAAAGCAUCGGGUGCGGAGGAGCCGGCCUUGAAUGUUAUCGAAGAGAGUUUGAGGCAAGAGGCCCGAAUGAAUGGUGGAAUUGCAACUUGGCUGGGACCUCGCACACCAAAUGUAUGGCUGGUGAAAGGGUCACCUUGGACAGAGGAUAUAAUAGGACGUUCUGCAUCCGGGAUACUCAAGGUAUCUUUUGAAGGGCCUGACGUGCCAGAAGAGACUCUAUACCGACUUUUCCGACCUUAUGGACGCAUUGAAGAGCUCACACAACCUACUCCUGUACCUGCUGGCAUGCAACGAUUUUCCACGAUACACUUUAAUCGCAUCCAUUCUGCAACUGUUGCACGGAACGUUAUAUAUGGUCUGCAAGUGCCUACCUCUGGAGGGCCUACGCGUCUUCGCAUAUCCUACACAUCUCCCAUUGAAGCUCAUGUUAUUCGAGAUUGGAUAACGAACCAUCCCAAGAUCUUCCUUCCUGUUCUAUUCUUCUUGCUUGGGACCCUUACAUACACGAUAUUCGACCCAAUUCGCAUACUCAUGGUUGAAGCGAAAUUACUGGAUUGGUUUGACCUCAAAGAGUUCAAGGUUUACAAAUGGCUCCGAGCGAAUACUUUAGAGAGGAUUUACUCCAAGUCCGAGGCUCCCCCAGUCGAUAAGCAAAUCUGGAAAGAAAGAGAAGACGCGGAAAGGGCUAUCCAAACUUACCUAUCAGAUCUACCUUCUACAGUUACAUUUGUACAUGGACCCCAAGGGAGUGGCAAAAGCACGAUGAUAGCAUCUGCUUUGAAGUCGGCCGAAAGAAAAUCUCUUGUCAUCGACUGUCGUGAGCUUUCCAAGGCUUCUUCCGAUGCGCAAUUAGUGGCAGGUCUCGCAAAGCAGACUGGAUAUUGGCCGAUAUUCUCUUUCUUAAACAGCUUGAACAACCUCAUCGAUCUCGCUAGUGUCGGCGUGAUUGGUCAAAAAGCCGGUUUGAGCCGUUCUGUUGACGAGCAGCUACAGCAAAUUUUGGACACCGUCGCCCUUGCCCUUCGAAACGUUAGUGAUAAACAACAUAAGGCUAUCACGAAAAAGAUCAAAGCGAAAGAGCGUGAAAGGCCUACGGACCAACUUGACAAGAAAGCUAGCCAGCGCGAAGAGUCUCUGAAUGAGAAGGCAAACACUCCCCCCGAUGCAGACCAGAAACAAGCUCAAAAACCAUCUUUAACGGAUUCCGGAAGGAAGAAAGAGAACGAGGGAAAUGAGAUUCAGGCUGUGGAGGCUCUACCUAUAGUGGUGAUUCGAAAUUUCGCUGGAAAGACUGCCCGAGAAGACCUCCUCAAUGGCCUUGCGCAGUGGGCUGCCAAACUAGCCGAAAAUCAGAUUGCCCAUGUAAUUGUCAUCAGCGAUAACCGGGAAAACUCGAAGAAAGUGGCAAAAGCGCUACAAUCUAAACCACUGAACUUCGUGGCUUUGUACGAUGCAGAUGAGACCAGUGCUCUCGCGUUCGUGCAAGAAAAGCUACAUGAAGCCGAUGUCGACGUUACUCUGUCGCGAGAAGAGAAAACUUACGUGCAGCGACUUGGAGGUAGGUCCGUUGAUCUCGAAAGUCUCAUAAACAAAGUACGGAGUGGUAUGGGUGUGAAGGAAGCUGUUGAAGACAUCGUCAAUCGCGGAGUUGGAGAGUUGAGGAAGAAUGCGUUCGGAGAUGAUGCGGAGGAUGCGAAGAAUUUCCCUUGGACACGGGGUCAGGCAUGGACUUUGCUCAACCUUUUGUCGAGGAAUCCCGAGGUCCCCUAUCACCAAAUUCUAGUUGACUACCCAUUUAAGGGCGAUGACAGUCCGCUACGGUCCAUGGAACAUGCUGAGUUGAUUACGAUAGCAACUCGCGAUGGUCUCCCUACUAUUAUACGACCAGGGAAGCCCGUCUAUCGAUGGGUCUUCGAACGUCUGGUCAAUGAUCCCAUUUUCAGAGCCACUCAGGAAAUUGAAUUCAACAACCGGCUCGUGUCCAUUGCAGAGACAACCAUCCAGUCAUGUGAGGAGGAGCUCUUGAAGCUGGUGGAAAUUGGGAAAAACGGACCUUCUACCUGGUUGACUGAAGAUCCCUCAUCCCGGAGGUCUCGGUAUCUUCUAAAGAAGAUGAUGGAAUCUGAAAGGAAGUUGGAGGCUCUUGAAAGGAAAAACGCGGAGUUGAAGAAGACCUUGUCUAAAUUAUCUUGA